AUGAAAACUGGAGGGAAUAACGUAAAUACAAGUCGAGAGAAUACCAUUAAUGUAAACGAAGCCAUAGCCGGUGGAAUUUUCAUUGCCGAAUCAUCAAAGAAGAGGGAUCAGGAAAAGGACGGGCGUAAAGAUCGAUUAAAAAGGACGAAAAUAAACUCGAAUAUGGACGGGAAAAUAGAUGAAUUUUUUCUCCCGGUCUCUCAACGUGAUCAAGGUCACGAAAACAUGAAUAAUAACCGCGAUAAUGAGGAACUUACCAUUACUUUAGAACCUGGUGUUCCCGAAGAAGAAUUAGAAGACAAUCUUUACAAGAAAAUCCUAGUGUGA